UCUACUAUAACUAUCUAUUAUUACGCAAUAAAGUGUGAAAACUUUGUAAUGUAUUGAAAGCUGUGCAUUAAACUUCAACAUUUUUGAUUGUAAAACCUUGUGUUAAAAAAAAAACAACAAAAGAAAAAUUGAUUUGUUUAAAAAAGAGCAAAAAAUGAAACUAAUAAUAAACUCUGUAAGCAAAACAUAAAAGCCAAUAAUUACAAACAACAGGAAGAAGAAGCGAAAAACAAAAUUUGGCCAAGAACAACAACAAUAAGAAAAAACGAAGGAAAGAAAAGUAGAAAAAAAUACAACUAACCUCACUUUCAGUGCAAUUGACAAACAGUAUACCGAAAAAGAAAGAAAAACGUCAAAAACGCGCGUAUUAAACAUACCAAAAGCAAAAGAACAGAAAAUUUCAGCCAGUCUGUAGAAUAUUGUGACACAAAGACAUCAUUAACAAGUGUUUACGAUAAAAAAAUUAAAAUAAAAACCUUUUGCCAAAAGGGUGAAAAGCAUAAGAGAAGAAAAGCGUUCCAUUUCUCUAGAAGUUGACCAGUUUGGUUAGAAAAUUUGCAAAAAUUUCACCCAAAAGAAAACAGAGUUUUCAGCACAUUAGAAUGGAAGUAGACGAUGCAAUAGUUAUGGCAGAGCCUGUGGAAGAGCAAACUGUACUUGCGGCCGUUGCUGGUGGCGAAGGUGAGGAUGACAUUGACGAAAGUAAGCUGACUACACCAAGUGGUUCAACGUCGUCUAAACAGAAACGUGCUAAAAUUAAACAUGAUAAAGAAGAACCACCCGGUUCAUUAGACAUGCAAAAUAAUGAUUCUGUAUUAACAGCUACACCAUUUAAAUUGGAAGUAUCCGGUUCAGAGGAUGAAAGAGAGGAGGAGCGCGAUGGUGCCAGCAAAGCAGCAAUUAGGCGCAAAUUGCUAUCGACCCCUAUGGAGGAAGACACAGCCGCCAAGGAUGGGUUGGAGGAGUUGGAAGAAGUGGCAAUUAAAAGAAAGCGCUAUGAAGUGAGGAGGUCUGGUUCUGAAGAGUGUUUACUAGGAUUUGAUGAGCUUAGUGGCGAAGCGGAAUUGGUAAAAGCAGAAGAAGCCACAGAAGAGCCAAUGGCAGUAGUGGAAGAAGAGCCUGUAGAAAGUGUAGAGGAACCAUUUAAAAAUGUGGAGGAAGUAGCAAAUGAGGCCACGGAAAGUCCUUUGAAUUCUCCCAAGUCCUCUAAAAAGGCUUCUCCGUUAACAAAAAUUGCCUCGCCUGCAUUGCAUACCACUAGAUCAGCUUCAAAAUCUCCAAAAGCCCUCAAACCCAAAACACCACCUUUAGAAGUUGCAAAACCUGCUCAAAAAUCUCCUAAGCCUCAUAUAGUAGGUGAUGGCGAGGAAACUAAUGGCGUAGCCACAACACCAUUGAAAACUAGUUCUCAAACUCCAGGAAAAAAACCCUUAUCUCCCCAGGAUGAGUUCUACAAGAAACCUUUCGAGUUUGGCUGGAAACGCGAAUUGGUGUGGCGUGCCAAUCCGGAACAAAGCAAGGAUAAAGCUGAUGUGUACUUUAUAUCACCAGCCGGUAAAAAACUGAGAGGACGCAGCGAAAUUAUACCCUUGUUAGAGGGCGAUUUAACCAUAGAGCAUUUCUGUUUUACACGAGAGCCCUUGGGAGCUGGUCCCGAGGUGGAGACAGUGAGAAGUGCAAAACCUUCUUCAAGGGCCUCGGUAACGGCAGCUACAUUGGCGGCCGCUCCAACUCCACCCAAUAUAGGCAAACGUGUUUCGAAACCUAAAGGACCCAAAGGUGCAAGUCCUCCCCCCCAAGGCUGGACACCCAGCAAGGCUCUGAAAGUUAACAAUGCUGCUUUGCUAAGUAGUACAGGGUCGGCUGGCAGGGUUAGUGCCGCACAUCAUACAGUGCCAAGCACGCCGCCCAGUAGUCGUAAGCAUGAUAACGCUGUCCAUGCCACUGCUGCUCAUUCCGCUAAGAAUACAAAAGCAAAAAAAUCAGCAGUAGCGGCCAAAACUGAAGUUAUUCCGGCGGAUGUUAAGAAAACACCUCCAGCUGCUGACACAAAAGAACCCUGUACCGUAGCUUGUGCAAAGGCACAGGGCCAAAUACCACAACUGCAGUGUACGAAAUGUUUGUGUCUUCACCAUCACGAAUGUGUGGGUCUCAAUCAGCACAACUCUGAAUAUCGCACCACAAGCAAUAGUCGUGGCAAGGAGUACAUAUGCGAGGCUUGUUUACCCAAAUCAGUGGAAAAGUCUUCACCGGUAUCUAGCAUGUCAGUGGCCGCAGCAAAAGCCCCGGCACAUGCUGUCAGUAAUAAACGGCCAGCAGAAAACAAAUUUCCUCAGACUAUUGCUGUGGUUAAAGGCAAAAAAUACGUUAUGGUGGCUAAACCUUUGGCACUGCCCAACGAACAUGUCAAUGAUAUUGAAAAUGAUUUGAAGCAGAUUAAUGAGAGUAUACGCAAGAAUCGAAAACAAUCAAAUAAUUCACUGGAUGGCUCUUCACAAGCACACAAUUCACAUAAUUCCAUAGCGGUUGAACAGUCGAAUAAGUUAUUUGCUACAAAUUUCUUUGCCAACGUUUCAUACGCUUAUGAUUCAUUAUUGUGUAUUUUAAAAUAUUUAAAAAUACAUGAACGUCCACGUGCCGCAGCUGUUUGCAAGUUGUGGAAUUUGGCUGCUAAGGAUACAUCACUUUGGCAAACGGUGCGUAUGAAGAACUCUAAGGUUUGCAGUUGGACUGGAUUUGCAGGGGCUUUACGUCGCGGCGAAACCAAACAAUUGGAUUUGCGCAAAAUGCUUUUACCUAGUGGCCGCAGUGAAGAUAUGUGGAACGACUUCUGUUCUAACAUAGGUACAGUAUGCUCUCUGGAAACCAUAGACCUGUGCCGCUGCUCAGCCCGCGUGGUGGAGAGUUUGUUCCAGAGCAAUCGCAAUUUAAAAGUAAUCAAUGCUUUGGCUAUAAAUGAUGACACCAUUAAUCUCGAACAUAUUGCCCUACUGCAAUCAUUGGAAGAGCUGCGUUUACGUACUUGUGAAGCAGGCGUUUUGUCUGGAGAUCUCGCACCCAUGGCUUCACUCUCCCAACUAACACACCUAUCCUUAACUUCCAUUAAGGGCUUGGGCGCCAAGAGUGUAGAAGUGUUGGGAGAACUGACCACCCUGAAGUCAUUGGAAUUGGGAGAAUGUGGCGAUUUCGAUUCGACAUUUGCGGAAGCUGUCCUACCCAAAUUAAUAAAUUUGCAAAGACUACGCCUGGAAAACAGCCAAGUAACAAAUGUCUGCACUUUGGAAAUUCUCGAUGCUGUGGCCAGAUUGGUGCAAUUAAAUCAAUUGGAAUUGGUGAAUUUUGAUAUCAAACCCGGCUUCGAUGAGAAAUUAAGUUUAUGCAUGAACAUUAACAAGUUGCUCAUCAUUCCCACGUACAUUUCUCAGUCGGCCACCACCAAUCAAAUCGUCCUGAGUGCCGUGCAACAAGUGUCUGAAACACUGAAAGUAUUCACCUGGUGUGUAACCGUUGAACUGCUGCGUGUAACUGCACUUUACGUCGACCAGUGCGAAGAAUCGACGAAAAAGGAAAAACAUCAUUUCGACGAAUGCAUACCGGUAUUAAAACCGGUACCCGGAGCCACCACCGGCGAAGAAGAAGAUGAAGAGGCAACCGCCAAACCCAAAUCUCCGGCAGUCACUGAGGACGGUAGCGCCGCGACAGAAGUUCCCCAGAUUGAAAUUUUACCCCUGGACAAAGUGGAGACCAUAUUAGCGGAAAAUCUCCCCAAUACCAAGUUCACCAUUGUCAAGGUGCCCUACCAUGCGACUUGUAAACAACAGUUAGUGGAGUUGAAUUAGUUGUCUGUCCGUCUGCCCGAACACAGCCUUUGUUUUUUUCUAAUCACGUUAAAACUAUCUUUAAAUGAAUACACUCAAAGUGUGUAUUGAAAAUAGAUGAUAUUUUUCUAUUAUUAAAAUUUGUUUCGUUAGGAGAGCGAGCCACCUUUUAAAGGGUUUAUAAAUGAAAUUUUGGUGUAAUAAUGACUGAAAUUAAAAUUUUAACAAUAUUUACGUAGUAGCUCUAAGAUUAAUCUAAACUUUAAUAGUAACAUAAAAAACAAACAAACAAACAUUCAUUAACAAACACAAACAAGGCAACACAAAACUAUACGAAGCAACAUUAGAACAUGAAUGACACCAAUUAGUUAAAUAUAUCGUGGAGAGCAAGCGCAACAUCUGAAGGAAAUUUAACUAUUGGUAACAAAAUUUUGAAUAACAAAAACCGAAAUCACUUAUUUUUUUUAGUAAAGGAAUUACUACACUUUAGAAUAUAUUCUUAAACAAUAUUAAAUCAGCAGCAAUUUAUUAAACCAUAUAUUUAAUAAUUUUUAUGUGAAUUAUAUUAUUUUCUUUUUUUAUUUUCAUUUAGUAUUUUGUAUGCUAAAAAAAUUUAUCAAAAUAAAAUCAAUCACAGUUUUAUUAAUUUUUUUCUUUCGGAAAAUUUACACAUAAAAUACAUACAUAAAUAAGUUUUAAGAUUAUUACAGAUAUCUGAUUAAAUAAAUGAAAUAUGAAUAGUUCUAUAACAAUAAAAAGAAAAAAUAACUACAA